AUGUGUAGAAAUGAUCCCACUAGGGAAUCUGGGCAUGCCCAUAAUUUUGGAAAAAUGGGUUUGAACUUUACUGGUGAUAUUCAGAAUUCUAAGGGAAAUCAUGUAAAUGCACAUUUUUCGCAUAGGCUAUUUACUAAUUCGAGUUCUCGAGGUGCAUUUGCAUUUGCUGGGGAGAGUCCUGUGAUGAAUUGUAGGUUGUUCUCAUCGCGCACAGGUACUGAAGGUAACAUUCCUCGAGGCCCUGAUUUGCCAGCAGCUGUGGACGCAAGUGGGCCUAGUAGUGUAAGCGAUGGUAGUAAUGGUGGGGGUGAUUGGCUCGAGAAAGUUAAGGAUGCGUGGCAGUCUACCGUUGAUGUUGUAAAAUACACAGGGGAGAAAGCAAAAGACGUGUCUGAUGAAGCGACGCCAUACAUUCAACAAUUACUCGAUACUCAUCCUUAUCUUAGAGACAUUAUUGUCCCCGUUGGCGGUACUUUGGCCAGUACACUAUUGGCAUGGGCAGUAUUGCCAAAGCUUUUGAGAAGAUUCUAUAACUUGUCGAUGCAAGGCCCAGCUGCUUUCUUAGCCAAGAGCUCAUUGUGGGGGCCUGUUCCUUAUGAGAAAAGUUUUUGGGGCGCAUUGGAGGAUCCAAUUCGAUAUUUGGUCACUUUCAUGGCAUUCUCUUGGAUUGGAGAGAUGGUGGCACCAACUGUUAUUACCACAGAGUACGUUACACAGGCUUGGAGAGGUGCUGUUAUCAUGUCAAUUGUGUGGUUUCUCCAUCGGUGGAAAACAAAUGUGAUUACUCGAGCUUUAGCAAUGAAGAGCUUGGAAGGCUUCGACCGAGAUAGGCUGUUAACUUUGGAUAAAAUUUCCUCGGUUGGUCUCUUUGUAGUUGGUUUGAUGGCUUUAGCAGAGGCAUCUGGCGUGGCCGUGCAAUCUAUCUUGACAGUGGGAGGCAUAGGAGGAGUGGCUACUGCUUUUGCAGCAAGAGAUGUACUUGGAAAUGUUCUCAGUGGGCUGUCUGUACAGCUUUCCCAACCAUUUUCAAUUGGAGACACCAUCAAAGCUGGAUCUGUAGAAGGUCAAGUGGUAGAAAUGGGUCUUACAACUACACAUCUGCUGACUGCAGAAAAAUUUCCUGUUAUCGUUCCAAAUUCACUGUUUUCCAGUCAGGUGAUUGUGAAUAAAUCAAGGGCUCAAUGGCGUUCUAUGGUCACGAGAAUUCCGCUGCAAAUUGAUGACUUAGAAAAGAUUCCCCUGUUAUCGGAGGAUAUAAAGACCAUGCUCAAAUCAAAUUCAAACGUGUUUUUGGAAAAGGAGGCGCCAUACUGUUUCUUGUCUAGAAUAGAGAGGUCCUAUGCAGAACUUACUCUUGGAUGCAAUCUUAAACAAAUGAACAAGGAUGCUGAGCAGGAUAUUCUUCUCCAGUCCGUUCGGAUAAUCAAGAAACAUGGUGCUAAACUAGGCUGCACCCAGCAAGAUGGAGUCAACCAGUGA